ACGACACACUGCGCACUUCCGGAAGUUGCGAAGCCAUCUCCUCGCAGGAGAUAGAGCUUGGAAACAAGCUUCGAAACGGUCCUUACCCAAGGACUCUACUUCCCUUUUCACGUUGAAAUGAAUGUUCAGAAAGGGAAACCAUCCGUAUCGCCACCAGUACAGAUAGCAACACAGCCCCAACACCUAAGUAUUGCCUCCGCACCCCCCACAGGACACACCCCUCCACUGCUGAGAACAGACGAAAUUCAGAUUUUUCAGCAACCCAGCUACGCACAAGUCCAGAGCUAUCAAGUUCCGCAAGCACCUGUCCCCCAUGAUAUGAAUAAGCAGCAGCCCGUGGCGGCAGGUCUGAUGCCCGCCCCCGGUGUUGCUCCUCAGCAGCAGGGUAUAUUCCAGCAACAGCAACCGGGGCUAAGGACUACACAGAGUCCUCAAUACUUUCCUGGUAGCCAGCCACAGGGGAUGCGGCCCCCACGUUACAUGGGGCCUCAGCCCCAACCAAAUCUCACAUACCAGAUGUACGGACCGUACAUGGGGCAAACCCAGGGCCAGGGUUACCCCGCGGCGAGCGUCAUGGUUCAGCAACAAGGGCAGUUAAUGUAUCCCCCAAAUACUAGAAUGCCAACUCCUCAGUAUCAUCAUGCCAUUCCAAAUUCGCAAACAACCAUUCAACAGCAGAUGGCUGCAACAGCGCAGUAUCAAAACCCCCCCACAGCGCAGUAUGGCAGUGCACCUCAGUUCCAAGUAUACUACCAGGCGAAACCACCAGUACCAGUAGACAUCCCCAGACACGAGCGGGGGCAGACUGUGCCAAUUGCUCAACCUCAGCGACCAACAUCUGCAUCUGGUAUAACCCAGGCAACACUACAAAAGCGGGUACGGAACCCAAUUCCCAUCAUUGACCCCAACUCGGGGCAGCAGGUGCAAACGGAGGCGGAGGCAGCUCCAAAGACGACGCCACCUGGAGGCAGUGCCAGGAGUACACCUGUUGGACAACCAGCCCCAGAGAGUAGUCCACCUCCUACUGGUGGUGACAUUGCUGCCCAGUUUGCUGCCCAAGUGGCUGCUACAUUACGUUCAGGCCACCCUCCCUCCAGCCACACACCACAAGGCCAGGACAUGACGGCCAGUAGUCCCCCACUCUCAGAUCAGCAAAGCUACUCCCAAUCACCAGAACUUGCACAGCCAGACUUCAAUCAAGACGUACAAGAAACUAGACCCCAACAAAAUGAGCAAGCUGUUGAAGACAUGUCAUCAAAUGCUCAAAUUGAGAGCGGUGUUGGUGAACCCCCACAACAGGUGCCUGUUCAUGAACCUAGCGUGAAAGAGGCAACACCGCCUCCAGAAACCAGCGAAACGGAAGUGAUCGGAUCCAGUGUUGACUAUGCCCCAGAGCCUAGUCAGGUCGUGGACCAGAGCAGUCCGGUUGAUGCUGAUUCAUUCACAGAACCCUUUCGUGUUGAUGUGGAGAACAUUACGCCAUUUGUGCCAGCUGCUUCACAAGCACCUGUGCAAGCACCAACACCAGUGGCUCCAGUACAAGCACCAACGCCAGUGGCUCCAGUACAAGCACCAACGCCAGCGACUCCAGUACAAGCACCUGUUCCGGAACCAGUUCAGGUAGCUGCAGUACAAGCACCAGUUCAGGUGGCUGUGGUGCAAGAACCAGCUCAAGUGGCACCCCCAGUGGUGACUCCGCCUGUUACGGUGACUCCGCCUGUUACGGAAGCCCAAGUUACACAACCAGAGGUUGUCGAGAAGGCAGCCCCACCACCCCCUGCCUCAGCUCCAGCUCCGGCUCCAGCUCCGGCCCAAGCUCCAGCCCCGACUCAAGCUCCAGCCCCGGCUCAAGCUCCAGCCCCUACCCCGGCCCCUAUCCCGGCUCCUACCCCUACCCCUACCCCUACCCCUGCCCCUACCCCUACCCCUACCCCUGCUGUUGUUUCCGUGGCAGACAUGGCUAAGGAACAGACUCCACCACCUGCAGCCACUGAGUCAAAAGAGGUUGUGCUUGAUAAUGAACCUGCAUCGGCAGGCAACUUGACUGGAAAGGAUGCAAAACAAAAGGGAGGAAAAAAGAAACUGAGAGACUUAAACCGAAAGGGGGAUGAAAAAGAAGGAACAGACAUGGACGCAUUCUUAGAUGCUGAGAAUGCCCAGAGUGAACUCAAAGGUGAUGAAGUGAAAGACACCCCUGCACAGGUGGAGGAAGUCAAAACAGAGGUGAAGAUCCCACCAGCAGAACCGGUGAAUAAUGUUGCUGAUGUGGGCAAGGAGAAUAAAAUGCCGAAUGUAGAAAUAGAAAUCAAAAACUCUGAAGAAAGUGAAGUAAGUCGUAAAAAUGCCAAAAAUGAGGAGAAGACAAAUGAGGUGACAACGACAGAGGAGAAUUCCGUUGAAAAGAAGCAAGCGCUAAAAUACAAGUACAAAGAAGACCAGUGGAGUCCCUUGAACCCUGAGGGCAAGAUGACGUAUGACCGUGAGUUCCUGCUACAACUCCAGUACUCCAAAGACUCCAUGAAGAAGCCUGAUUCUCUUCCCAACUUCCCAGAAAUCAUUCCUGAUAAGCCUCCCAAGCAAGGCAUGGACAUGAGGGGUGGAGGAGGUGGUGGCGGAGGUUACGGCCAUGUACCAGACUUCACACCAGGAUUCCUUAGGCCGUCCAGAGGGAUGGGCAGUGGAGGUGGUGGCGGCGGAGGUGGUGGUGGUGGAGGCGGUUCUAUGGGCAAGCGAGGCAGCCAGCAGCGUAACCGAAGUGACGUUAGGGUCAUCAAGAAUGUUUCAAUCCAGCUGGAUGUUAAGCUUCAUCACUCAGAAAAUGCCUGGAAACCAGGCACUCAGAAGUCAGACGAAGAGAAGUCGGAUGAAUUCAAGACCGCUGAUUUGUACCGCAAAGUGAGAAGUAUAUUGAACAAGUUGACCCCACAGAAAUUCCAGACGUUGAUUAAACAAGUUCAGAACCUGGUUAUUGACACUGAAGACAGACUGAAAGGGGUAACAGAUAUUAUAUUUGAAAAGGCUAUUAGUGAGCCUGCCUUCAGCGUGGCUUAUGCAAACAUGUGCAGAUAUUUAUUAACGCUUAAAGUGCCCUCCGACAGCAAACAAGGGGAAACAGUUAAUUUCCGUGUGAUAUUGUUAACAAGAUGUCAGCGAGAGUUUGAAAAAGAUAAUGACGCCCAAGUUGAUCUCGACCGGAGGAAAAAGGCUAUAGAGGAAGCUGACCCGGACAAGAAGAAGGAGUUGAAGGAAGAACUGGUUAUUGCUGCCACCACUGCAAGGCGGAGAUCUAUAGGGAACAUAAGGUUUAUAGGAGAGUUAUUCAAGUUGAAAAUGUUGACAGAGAAUAUUAUGCAUGACUGUGUGUUCAAGUUGUUACGAUCUCGAGAUGAGGAGAACCUGGAAUGUCUGUGCCGUCUCCUCACCACCAUUGGCAAGGAGCUAGAGUCAGACAAAGCCAAGCCAAGAAUGGACCAGUAUUUCCAACAGAUGAAGAAGAUAGUUGCUGAGAAGAAAGUGUCCUCAAGAUGCCGAUUCAUGCUGCAGGAUGUAAUAGAAUUAAGAGAUAAUAACUGGAAGCCAAGGCGAGGAGAUGACAACCCCAAAACCAUUGACCAGAUCCACAAGGACGCCAAGCGAGAAACUCUGGAACAGAACAUGUUAACAGCACGCUGCACAUGGCAAAUCAGCCAGCACAACAGCACCAUCAACCAAGACACAAUAAGCCUACCAGAGGCCGGCCAGGACAGGGUGGUGGAGGUGGUGGUGGUGGCGUCGGCGGCAACAUGGAGGAGGGAUGGAACACAGUCAGCAGCAAGGCCAUCAGGAACAUCGACAGAAACAUUGAUGUGUCCAAACUCAGGAGAGAAGAAUGCUGACGAGAACAUCCAGCUAGGCCCAGCUAGGAGUUUCGGUGGCUGGGGAAGAGGCAGUAGUGGUGGAGGAAGCAGAGCAUCGAAGGAGGGUGACAAGCCAAAUGCCCCUGGAAACAGAUUUUCUGCUCUGAGCAGAGAAGAUGACCAGAGGUCUCGUCAAUUUGGUCGUGGUGUGAGUCCAGCACGUGGAGACGGUCGUAAUCGUGCCAACACGCCUGGUGGCUACAACCGAGGAAAGGUGAUCAAUCGGUCAUCUCAGGAGUUGGAAAGAGAACGUGCCCUUGCAAGUGCUAGGAGUAUUGUGAGUGGCCGGGCCACCCCUCCUUCAGGAAACACAAGUAGAGAGGGAAGUCGAACACGGUCGUCACAGGAGGUGGAGAGACCUGCACCAUCUAUGAAGGAAUUGUCAGAGGAAGAGAUGGAAAAGAAGACCUAUUCAAUAGUAGAUGAAUAUUUGCAUAUACAGGAUCGCAAGGAGGCUAUUCAGUGUGUACAGGAGUUGAACUCGCCCAAAACCAUCCAUUUCUUUGUGUACUUUGCAAUUAACCAUGUGCUAGAGAGGUCAAAGCAAGCUCGCCAACAGACAGGGCACCUGCUGCAUGAUUUGAUCAACCAGAAAAUCAUCUCUGUUGACACCUACUUGCAGGGAUUGACAGAGAUUCUUCAGUCAGCUGAGGACAUGGAGAUCGACAUCCCCAAGAUCUGGCAGUAUCUUGGCGAGUUGAUCGGACCCAUGAUCCAAGAUGGCAGUGUUCCACUCAGCUUCCUUAAGAAGGCCUGUGAGCCAUUGAAGGCAUCUGGGAAGGCAGGCAACCUCAUGGCAGAGAUCUUACAUGAUGCCAGUCAGAGACUUGGCCACAAGAUUGUCACACAUUUAUGGCGAAACAAUUGCAUGGACUGGAGUUUCUUUGUACCUCAGGAAAAAAUCCAGCAGUUUUUGAAAGAAAAGAAUCUGGAGUUCACUGUGGGCCCUGACUCGGCACCCAGCACACCUACCAGUAAAGUGUCCAUAGAAUGGAUCAAACAGAACCUUUCAGAGCUCUUGCUCAAGCCUAAAUGUGAUAAUGAACAGAUAUUUGACUGGAUCGAGGCCAAUGUCCCUGAUGAGAUUACCAAAGAAAACAGAUUUAUCAGGGCUUUGAUGACCACGGUUUGUUCCAGUGCAAUAGUGGGCACUGGCAACAUGACAAAAGUUGACCAAGAACCCAUAAAGAAGUGGCGAUCCCUCCUGCAGAAGUAUCUAGAUCACCAGCCUGUAUUUGAGCUGCAGGCCCUCUAUGCUCUGCAGGCACUUGUCCACUCGCUGGAAUACCCUUCAGGUGUCUUGCGGACAUUCUUUGAUACACUGUAUGAUGAGGAAAUCAUCUCAGAAGAUGCAUUUAAUCAAUGGGAAACUAGUAAAGAGGAGCAGGAAGGGAAGGGAGUUACGCUCAAGCAAGUUGUUCAGUUCUUCGCAUGGCUACGCGAAGGUGAAGAGGAGGAGGCUGACAGCUGAGAAUAGGCUUAUUAUUAGGACAGACUUGGAUCACAAACUGCAAUAUGAAAUUACAAAUAUGAUUGUCAUUGCUGUUUAAAUGUGUGCACCAGAGGAUGAAAGAAAUGAUUAAUUUAUGAGCUUGCUGUAUAAAUGUGCUUUCUACUUGUUGGAGAAAACAAAGGAUCUUCUGACAGCCAAAUAUAACCAUGGAUGUGUUUAUUUUUUUUGUUGCCAUGGUAUUCGUUGAUGCAGAUGUGUUUGUUAAUGCAUAUAUUCAUUAUGUGCAUUUAAAAAUUUGCCUAAACGGCUGUGCGUUUGUAUGUAUGUCGAGGGAGAUGAUGACUAGCCGAGGAAUGAGGGAGUCUGAAGAAUAUUCAGAAUACCUUGAUCUACUGUGAGGUGCUAGGCUUGUUUGAGGAUGGAUAUAUAACUUUAACCAGAAGCCCUGCAAGGGAAUUUCAGUUGUUUCUAUUUUGUUUCUUGGUGAAUUCUAUGGAUCAUGUUUUGUUUUUUUUGAUAAUCAUUCUUAAAUUAUAUACAUAUAUACAUAUUAUAUAUAAACUGCAUAAUUUCAUAUGCAAAGUUGUGUUGGUCGAACUGUAUGAAUGACCGAUACAAACUAUCUUGUGGAAGACGAGCCACUCAAGACAAGAAUAUGAAAUGUGCAUUCUCUAUAGACUAUUGACAGUGAACCUGACAAGUCAGGUUGUGUCCAUCAACUUUGGAUAAUACAAACACUUUGAAGCCUGGACUUCGUGAACUACAGAUGAUAUGAAACACUUCCCAGCUCAACCAACUAAAUGCCUCUGAAAGCUAUGAUUGAGGGGCACAUGUGAAAGAACAUUGAAACAUGGCUACAGCAGACACCUACUUCGUAGGUGCCGAAACCUGCCUCUUUGUUUUGCAUGAGAAAUUUGUAUAGUUGGUUACCAUUACAGAUGCCUGAUCUACCCUUCAAAACCAUUACGGGGAAACAAGUUUCCCAUUAAUGACAUGAGUUUAUUGAAUGUGAAUGCCUAUGGAUAUGUUUGUGUAUAUAUUGACUACAAGGAUAUUGGUAUGAUAAUGGAGUUUGUUUGAAUUCCUAUUCAUGGAAAUAUGGCCCAUUUCCAUUGAAAAAGAAAGUCAUAAAAGCUAUUAUUCUGUCAUGAAAUGUUGAAAGUGCAAAAUAUCCAUGAAAAAAAUAUUGAAUAUGUGAAUGGUACCUCGGAUAUAUAGUUUAGAGGUAUCAAAUAUUACAGGUUGCAACUACUAGGAGAUGUGAAACUUGCCUUUAUUUAUAUUUGUAGGAUUUGAUAAUGUAAGCCUCAUGUCCUGAGAUGAAUUGAUGGUGUGAUUGUGCUCAGUGAUUCCUGAGUUAUGGCUGACUCGUGGCUCUACUACCAGUAUCGUUGGUUGAGCUGGGCACAAACUCAUCCCUUCCCAAAUGCUGUCUGUGAUUACUACAAGCUAACAGGCAGCCUGCUGAGCGUGACCACCACAGUAAUGACAGAACGCAAACUGAUGUAAAUAAAACAAGCCAAUGACAGACUUUCAAAA